UCUCUCAGCAAUUCAGAUUGCAGUUAGGUGUUGGCGGCAACUGGGGAAGAAAGAGGUACGUGAUCAGCAUGGGUGUUCAAGGGCUUUGGGAACUCUUAGCACCCGUUGGUCGUCGCGUUUCAGUCGAAACCCUCGCCGGCAAGAAGCUCGCCAUCGACGCGAGCAUUUGGAUGAUACAGUUCAUGAAGGCGAUGCGAGACGACAAGGGAGAGAUGGUGAGGAAUGCUCAUCUCCUGGGUUUCUUUCGUCGCAUUUGUAAGCUCCUUUACCUUCGCACCAAGCCUGUCUUCGUAUUUGAUGGGGCCACACCUGCUCUUAAGCGUCGCACAGUCAUUGCCCGUCGCCGUCAGCGAGAGAAUGCUCAGACUAAGAUCCGGAAAACCGCUGAGAAGUUGCUUCUCAAUCACCUGAAGGCAAUGAGACUGAAAGAACUUGCGGCAGAUAUUGAGAACCAGAAGCAGAAGCUGAAGGAUGAUCCUAAGGGUAAAAGGGUUGUAUCGGAUGCUGAUGACAUGACACAGACAAGCUCUAAAAUAAACGAUGCUGUCGCUGGGACCAAAAAUCAGGAAAUGUUGGAUGAGUUGUUAGCGGCAUCCCUUGCAGCAGAGGAAGAUGGAAGUCUCUCUGGAAAUGCAUCAAUGUCUUUUGAUGGCAUUCCCUCCGAGGAAAAUGAUGGUGAUGAUGAGGAGGAAAUGAUUCUUCCAGUAAUGCAUGGAAGUAUUGAUCCAUCUAUCUUGGCUGCUCUGCCUCCGUCUAUGCAACUUGAUCUGUUAGUUCAGAUGAGAGAGAAACUGAUUGCAGAAAACAGGCAGAAGUAUCAAAAAGCCAAAAAGGCCCCUGCAAAAUUUUCUGAGCUACAGAUACAGGCUUAUCUCAAAACCGUGGCUUUCCGUCGAGAAAUAAAUGAAGUACAGAAAUCUGCUGCUGGAAGGGGAGUUGGUGGGGUUCAGACAUCUCGGAUAGCUUCUGAAGCCAACAGAGAAUUCAUAUUUUCAUCAUCAUUCACUGGGGACAAACAAAUACUUACAUCUGCUGGAGUUGAGAAAAAUGGAGACAUGGAACAUCAGACCCCAAGAACAGAAGUUGUUUCUUCAGAUUUUGUGAAUCAUAUUUCGUCUACUGCCAAGGGUAAUUCUGCAACUGUAUCUGCAACAGAUGAAUCAAGAGGGAGUUCUCAUGAUGAUGUUGAGACAUACCUUGAUGAUAGAGGUCGUGUUCGGGUUAGCAGGGUAAGAGCCAUGGGAAUUCGUAUGACCCGAGAUUUGCAACGGAAUUUGGAUUUGAUGAAAGAGAUUGAGCAGGAGAAGACUAAGGAAAGGAUUUUUACAAACAUGGAGGUUAUCUCCAAUGAGCAAGUGGUUGGUGUUCAACAUGAAUCUUCAAAUGAUGGAAAAAGUGGAACCAUAAGCGUAAAUGAUGGAAUGAAUUCAUUGGUGCAAGGAGAGACCCCUCAGAUUAAUGAACAAUCUGUUCUUGGAAACAAGACUCCAAUGGUGAUAUCCUUCUAUGAACAUAACAAUGGGAACAAGUGUACUGAUGAUGAUGUAGUUAAUCUUUUUGCUAAUUUAGUAGCAGGAGAUUCUGUCAUCCCUUCUGCUCAACUUAUUCCUUCAGAAAAACAUCCAUGUGCUGAUUCGGAGUGUUCCUGGGAGGAAGGAAGCAUUGAAGAAACCAAUUGCAAUUUUAGUAAUGACGCUAAGGAGGAAUCUAAACAAACUUCGGCAUAUGACAACGUUAGUGACGAGGCUGAGGUGGACUGGGAGGAAGGAGUUUCUGAUGUUCCAGAAAUGGCUUCUGUUUCAAAAGGCUCUUUGGAAGAAGCAGCUGCUUUUGAGGAAGCAAUAAGGAGAAGCCUUGAGGACUUCACGGUAGAGAAAUCUAUCAAUGUAUCUGCUGGAACAAGUGAUAUUGAAAUCUCCAGACAAGUUGUUAAUCAGAGUACAAGUAUUGAAUUUUGCCCUCAAGUUUUUGCUUGUGAAAAGGAUUGCUCCGAUACUCAUAACUUGCCAUUAGAAGAUAAUUUUCAACAAAAUCCAUCAUCUUGUGAUGGUGUGGAUGAUAUAGAAAGGCUGAAUAAUGUAGGUGUAAGGGAUAUGGUACAGAUUAUUGAGUCUCCAAAUAUGCAAUUGCAGUCAUCCAGGGAAUUAGAAGUUAAAACUGAUGGGAAGGAAGUGGUGACAGAUCAAUCGCACCUGGUUUCUGAUGUCGGACGUUUAAGUGAAGAAACCGUUGAAGAUAAGAAUGUUUGCGUUGAAGCAUGUAGUACUUAUCAGGUUACUUCCAAGGAACCAAAGAAGGAUCACUUGAACAGUAAAACAUCUGAUGCUACUGUGGUUGAUGCUUCCCAAAACGAAUCUGAAGCCGCCCCUUCAUUUGUUUCAUGUGAGACGACUGACAAUGCCAUUUCUCAGGCAAGAUAUUCUAUAAAAGAAAUAGCAACUGACACUGCCAUGGAUCACAAUUUAGUUCCAGAAAAAGAUUAUGGUGUUCUUUCUGAUGAAAGAGAGCAGUAUAGAGACGCAAUUGAGGACAAGAUGGAGGCUUCAGAGACUGCUUUAGAUCAGGAACUGCUACAUCUGAGACAAGAACGCAUCAAUCUAGGAGAUGAGCAAAGAAAGCUUGAACGUAAUGCUGAGUCUGUCAGUAGUGAAAUGUUUGCAGAAUGUCAGGAGCUGCUACAAAUGUUUGGCUUACCAUAUAUCAUUGCACCUAUGGAAGCAGAAGCUCAAUGUGCAUAUAUGGAACUUGCCAACCUUGUGGAUGGUGUAGUAACUGAUGACUCUGAUGUUUUCUUGUUUGGGGCACGAAAUGUUUACAAGAAUAUAUUUGAUGAUCGUAAAUAUGUUGAAACAUACUUCAUGAAGGACAUUGAGAAUGAGCUUGGGUUGAGCAGAGAAAAAUUGAUCCGCAUGGCACUGCUUCUUGGGAGUGAUUACACUGAGGGAAUUAGUGGAAUUGGCAUUGUCAAUGCUAUUGAAGUUGCACGUGCAUUCCCUGAGGAAGACGGCCUCCAGAAAUUUAGGGAAUGGCUAGAGUCCCCAGAUCCAUCCAUCUUGGGAAAACUUGAUGUUCAUACUGGAUCUACUCCAAGGAAGAGAUCAUCCAAAGUGAAUAACAAUAAUUUGGAUUCCCUACGAGACUCUGUAGGAAGAUCUGCAUCUGAUGGAAGUGUUUCGCAGAGCCAUGACAAUAAUCAAUCCAUGGAUGACAUCCAUACUAUAAAGCAAAUUUUCAUGGAUAAGCAUAGAAAUGUGAGCAAGAAUUGGAAUAUCCCUUCAUCGUUUCCAAGUGAGGCUGUUAUUUCUGCAUAUGCCUCUCCACAAGUGGACAAGUCGACUGAACCUUUCUCCUGGGGGAAGCCAGAUCUGUUUGUUCUUCGCAAAUUAUGCUGGGAGAAGCUUGGUUGGAGUAACCAAAAGGCAGAUGAACUAUUGGUGCCUGUUUUAAAGGAAUACAGCAAACAUGAGACUCAGCUGCGAUUGGAAGCAUUUUACUCAUUCAAUGAACGGUUUGCAAAGAUUCGUAGCAAGAGAAUUAAAAAGGCUGUAAAAGGGAUAACAGGAAACAAAGCCUCAGGUUUGGUGGAUGAUCUUCCAGAAAAAUCUUCCAAAGCUGCAAAGAAAAGAAGGGUAAAUCCCAGUGGUCCCAAUGAGAAUGAACCAGAGAAUUCCUUAUGCCAAAGGAAUGAUAAUGUUACUAGAAAUGAGAACAAUGCUUCAGAAAAUUCUACUAAGAAGCAGUCAGAGAAGAAAGGGAUUGGGAGUGGACCAGUGCAGUCUGCAGUAGGGCAUCCGGAUCUAGCUAUUUGGGAGGAAAGUAAGCAGAAUACUGAGGAAGGAUUGAGGAGGGAUGGGAGAGGAAGGGGAAGGGUAAGAGGAAGAGGAAGAGGAAGAGGAAGGAGAAGAGGAGGGGGACGAGGAAAGGGAAAAGCAAUCCCUGCCUUUGAAUUGACUGGAAGUAGUCAUAGUGAGAGUAGUGAUGAUGAGCAGGAGGUCCAAGCUGAAGAUACAGGAGGUUUGACUUCUAUGCGCAGGUCAACUCGACCUCGUAAGCAUGUAAAGUAUGCAAGUAAGGAGCCAGAUGACAGUGAGUCAUCAGACCAAAGCAAUGAAAAAGGCAGUGAUGAAGAGGCAGUGGACCAGGAACCAGAACAUGACAAGGAUAUUCUGGGACAUGCUGCUGAAGAUUUCUGUGAAAAUGACCAUUAUGUUGGUAGUCUUGAUCACUCGCUCAAUAAUGGUUUGUGUAAAGACUAUCUUGAAUUGGGUGGUGGAUUUUGUGAAGAUGAAGGUGAGCAGGAAGCUGAUCCAAUUCAGCAGGUUUCAUGUCAACCAAUUUCAAAACCUGGCAAUGACGAUCUUUCAUUUGACGGUGGAUUUUCUGAUGAGUACCUGAAAACAGGAGGGGGGUUUUGCAUGGACGAAGGUGAGUUGGAUGGUGAUCAAUCUCAGUCGGUGUCUUGCCCACCCAAAGUUCACGGCGUACAUGUAGAUGAUACUUCGGGUAAUACUCAGAGUCCACACCGUCCAGAGACAGAAGGCAUCAAUGAUCCAAGUGGCUUGGGUUCAUCUCAGGAGGAAAAUGUGCAGGAACUACCAAAAGAAGAUUCUGGUCCAACCUCUGUCACAGGUUUACGUUGUAUGCCUUUCUUGAGAAGAAAGCGGAGGAAGACCUAGAAAAUGUGUA